AGAUUCUCAGUCCGGUGGGGGGGUUCAGACACAAAGAGGCUGCGGAGGAUCCGGUCAGAGCUACCCCAGUGUCCGGUACGGGGGGGGUUCCGGUAUCCGGUCGGGGGUCUCGGUUUCCGGGGUUGAGGAGCAGAUUGGAGAGCGCGCCUACACACCGGGAAGCUGCACCGGGGCUCCUGAAACCAUCGGCCCGCGCAGCUCGCACCCGCGGAGGGCAAGGGGAGGAGCUACGCGGGUCUAGAAUUAUACACCCUUGGAUCCACGUCUUGCUUACGAUGGAGCGUUUGGCAGAGGGAUGUGGGCCGUCAUGCUUCACCUAUCAGGUGCGUCAACACAGCUCUGAUGUCCUCAAUCAACUCAACCAGCAACGCAAGAGUGGUGGCCGCUUCUGUGAUGUAGUUCUACGCGUCGGAGAGGAUAGUUUUCCUGCUCACCGUGCUGUUUUAGCUGCCUGCAGUCAAUACUUUGAGUCUGUGCUUGGAGAAUCAGAUGGGCCAACUCCACGAGAGCUUGAGAUGCACACUAUCAGCUCCAAGGUUUUUGGGGACAUUUUAGAUUUUGCAUAUACUGCUCGCAUCAUUAUCCGGCUAGAAAGUUUUCCAGAGCUUAUGACUGCUGCCAAGUUUUUAUUAAUGCGCUCUGUUAUCGAUAUUUGCCAAGAGGUCAUUAAGCAGUCCAAUGUUCAAAUCUUGGUGCCCCCUACACGGCCAGAACUCAUGCUUUUUCGAUCAGGGGCUUCUGACCUUGGAUUUCCAUUAGACAUGACUAACGGGACUGUCAUGAGUGGCUCGGGUAUUGCAGGGUCCUUAGGAGAUGAGGAAGAAGACUCUGUUCGGCCAGGUCCAGCUGUGCCAAGCCAGGCUUCUCUUCUAGCACUUGGUGGUACAUCGCAAAUCCUACAAUCUCAGUACCAAGUGGGAGUACAAGGACUUGGCAGUAAGCGAGGCCGGGGCAGGCCGCGAAAGCCUAGUGUUUUAGACUCUGUAUUAUUUGGAGCAGUGGGUGGUUUGCGGGAUGGAGGAGUACUUCCUUGUGGACUUUGUGAUAAAGUUUUCACAGAUCCUAUACGACUCCGCCAGCAUGAGGCACAGCAUGGAGUUACAAGCCUGCAGCUGGGAUAUGGAGACCUACAAGCACCUCGUAUUGGAGAGAAUGGGCUAACCCAGGAGGAGUCAGGGACCCCUAGAAAGAGAAACCGAGCAAGAAAACAGGUAGCUUGUGAUUUGUGUGGGAAGAUUUUUCGUGAUGUGUACCAUCUCAAUAGACACAAGCUGUCUCAUUCUGGAGAGAAGCCAUAUUCUUGUCCUGUAUGUGGACUGAGGUUCAAACGUAAGGACAGAAUGUCCUACCAUGUACGCUCACAUGAUGGUUCGGUUGGAAAGCCCUACAUCUGUCAGAGCUGUGGAAAGGGAUUCUCUAGGCCUGACCACCUGAAUGGACACAUAAAGCAAGUCCAUACAUCAGAAAGACCCCACAAGUGUGAGACAUGUAAUGCCUCCUUUGCUACAAGGGACCGACUGCGCUCACAUUUGGCAUGUCAUGAGGAUAAAGUGCCAUGUCAGGUGUGUGGAAAAUACUUAAGAGCUGCUUAUAUGGCUGAUCAUCUGAAGAAACACAGCGAAGGACCUAGCAACUUCUGCACCAUCUGUAACCGAGGUUUCUCCUCUGCCUCAUACUUAAAAGUCCAUGUAAAAACUCAUCAUGGCGCCCUCCUCAGCGCGGGCCCUCACCCGCCGGAGUCCGUCCCUAACGGUGCAGCGCUGUUCCACUGUGUCCGGACCUGUGGCGUGAAAGAGGGGGAGAAAUGUCAGCAUGGGGAACAGGAGAGUUCUGACUCUUUCGGUGACCUGUCUGAUGGAAGUGACCUCAAAUCACCCGAGAAACAGAGUUCUAACGGAUCAUAUGCAACAUAUGACCUGGUGAUUCCCAAGAAAAUAGAGCCAGAAUCAGAGAAACGUUAUCCUUGUUCAGAGUGUGGCAGCUUCUUUCGCUCAAAGGCCUAUCUGAAUAAACACAUCCAGAAAGUGCAUGCCAGACCACUUGGAGCAUCUCUUGGUGAUUUAGGGUCAACCUUGGCUCCUGCGCUUGGCCCUGCCCUGGGACCAGCCUUGGGCCCAGCUCUUGGGCCUUCUUUAGGUCCAACUCUUGGUGCAUCUCUUGGGCCAGCUUUAGGGUCUGCACUGGCAUCUCCUUUCUCCCCACAACAAAAUAUGUCUCUAUUGGAGUCAUUCGGUUUUCAGAUUGUACAGUCAGCUUUUGCUUCUUCUCUUGUAGAACCUGAUGUGGAACAGCAGGGAAUAGGCGGUGAAGGGAAGUAAAAGUGGUAUUAUAUAACAAAUGAGAAAAGUGGUAGUGCCUAUUUCAUGUGAAGAGCAUUGCUGUGCAUGAGCCCCCAAUCUGGCACUAAAAAAGACUAAAAGACAUCAUGAGCUUGGUAUGAAUGGUGUAGGCUGAAGUCCAGGAAAAUGCAUAGUGAAACCAUUGUGCCAAGAAAGAUUAGCACUUCUCCAACACUGUCAUUUAUACACUGAUCUCAGAGCUGUACAAUGCCUCAUGAACUGAUGGGUCAAUGUGUCAUGGGGGCACAAUGGCAAAUUUCUAUGUGAAUGUUUUGUACUCUCCUAGAAACUGAUUAUGAAAAUGCACAAAGCUGGACACAUUGUAAUAAACAGAUUCACAUGUGAUUCUUUCCCAGAUAUACUGUUGUGCUUCUACAUCUAUAGUGUGGUGAAAUACAUUUCUUAAAAAGGUUUUGCUGGAAAAGACAGGGAAAAACUGAAGGAAGCCAUACAAAUAAGAUACCGUAUUUUUCGCCCUAUAGGAAGCACCG